AUGACCAAAUCCGGCGAAUGUGGCUCAAAGCGAUCUGCGACUGAACAAUCCAUUCAUCCAUCGUACAGUAGACGACAGCCAUUCACAUCUUCGACCACAGAAGAUGAGGAAGUGGCCUCCGAGGCUAACGUUCCUUCUGAACCGAAUGCCGAAUCACAAGAAAACGUACCAUCGCAGCCUGCCACUCGCUCUCCUAGCUCAGGCGACGGACAAUCCCUGCAGGUUCGAGCUGCUGAUCGGUGGCCACUCCGAGUGGCCGAGUGGCUCAGUGCCACUGGAGACAGGUGUCGACCCAAUUCCUCCCUCGUCUUAGUACCGCUGUCAUUAAUCGAUACCGGACUACGCGAAUGUAGCAACAUGGGAGGGGAGAUAUGGUCAUCCUGGACCGAGUACCAGGGUGCGAAUUGGUGGCACAGAUAUCAGUGGCAAUGGACUCGACGUUGGUGCCAGCUUUCCCGGUCCUUCCUCAUCGUGUUCGUGCGUGGCGAUGGUAGCAACCUCUUUGCCCGGUCAUACAACACUGACAUCGAUAUGUUCAUGACGCACGCUAUAGGCACGGUCAAAAUCUGCAAUCCAGCAGCUCCAGGGUACACACAUAUGGUCCAACCCCUCCCACUUGCCUAUCCACCGAGUGAACAGACCGCUUCAUUUGGAGCUGCUACUUGGCGCUUCGGACAGCCCAAUUUCGAGAUGAGCAUGAACAACAGCACUACAGAUGAGACUGUCGGACGCCCCUCAAAAUGGCUUCGAUACGAUACCACUGAGCCCGGAGGUCCUUCUGCGGAAUACUAUACACUCGGUCCUUCUGCUCUGUCCAGGUCUGAAUAUAACCCACCCCUUCUUCCCAACGACCUCGACUUCAGUAAUCUUGAUCCGGACCUGCUAGCUGAGCUUCCUAUAGGCAUGAAUGCCCAAUUUAUGUCUUUGCAGGCGCAUGACUCAUUUGCACCUUCAUCGUCCGACGAGGAGAAUGCUUUCAUGGUACCACUGCCAGACCCUGUCGCGGGACCCUCUAGGUCUCACAUGACUUGGAACUUCCCGUCGUUCGAAAAUAUACCAGCGGCGAGCCAAUCACCAAUCGCUGCAGUCUUGCCUCCGGACCUUUUCUUUUUCCCAGCAGCUGCAUACACAGCUGCUGUGGCAGGCUCCUCUCAGCCUUCGCAUGCUUCUCCGGAUCCAGAGAUUCCUCCGCACGGCGGAUACCCUAACUCCAACCCAGUACCCUCGCCACAGCAGACAUUUGUAUCUCAUCCGGACAUGAGCGAUGGGGCGAACAAUUCAAGACAUCAAGCCCCGCCACAGCACAGCAAUGAUGAGGCGAAUCCCCGGGAUGCAGGCGAGAACGACGCAUAA